AUGGUUCCAUCGAAACAAUACUCUGCUCGUAUCAAGCCAGCUAGUACCGUGCCUCCUCAUAAGCCAACAUCAAAUGAGUGGCAUAUUCGUAAAUUCCUCCAAAUCCCAAAACCCCCCAAAGUAUCGCAGCUUAUUUAUAUCCCUCGAGUAAUUAACCCCCCCUCUGUUUUUCUUCAACCCUCAGUUUUCAAUCCAAAAUGGAGUGGGUCCCAGGCGCCACCGUCGGCAGUCGUCGCAGCGAAAUCAGUUCCAGCCUCCAAAUCUUCUCUCUUGCAACGCGAAGAAUCCGUAUUGAACGAGCUAAAAGGCUGCAAUCAGAUAGUCUCCUGCUCCGGCCGCGUCAGCACCUUCCACGUCGAUGGCGGGGAACUCUGUAGCCUCCUGCUCGAGUACAUCCCACGUGGGUCCCUCGAUAAACUGCUUCCCCUGUCAGAAUUCGCCGCGAGGAGACACGCGAGAUCGAUCCUCGAGGGGCUGAGGUUCAUCCACGGCAAGGGAUACGUUCACUGCGACAUAAAACCUGAGAACAUUUUGGUCUCCGGCGACGGAGGCGUCAAAAUCGCAGACUUCGGGUUGGCGAAGAGGAGAGGAGAGAAAGCGGAGCACUCUGUCUUAGGGACCCCUCUGUAUAUGGCACCGGAAUCUAUAAGGAGAGACGAGUACGAGGCUCCGAUUGAUAUAUGGGCCUUGGGCUGCGUGGUGUCCGAGGUGAUAAUGGGCAGGCCCGCUUGGAGCAAACUGUGGAAGGACGAUAAUGUGUGGAGCCUGAUGAGGAGGAUUGGGUUCGGGGGGGAGUUGCCGGAGAUUCCGUCGGAGAUGUCGGGGGAAGGGAAGGAUUUCUUGAUGAAGUGCUUGGAUCGGGAUCCGGCGACGAGAUGGACGGCCGGGAUGCUGCUCGAGCAUCCGUUUGUGGAGAAUUUGGCGGGAGGUCUGGACUCCCCGAGGAGCGUGUUUGGGUUGUUGAGAUGUGACGACGAGAAUUAUUGCGAUGAUCCUCCGCUGAGAGGUGGAUUCUCUGCCUCUACGUCUUAUGCUUCCUUGAUUGGGCCUAUUGGGCCCAGGGAUAGGGUUAAGAUUUUGGCAACGGAGGAGAGCCCAAAUUGGUCGCGGUCGUCGUCGUGGAUUAGCGUAAGGGGGGGUUGCUUUGAUGAGUUUGAAACAGAGGGCUUGAGAGGAGAAGGCUCUGCUUCUACUUCCUUUGCUUAUUCCUCUUCCUCGACUUGUGAUUUGGUUGGGCCUAUUGGGCUGAAAGAGAGAAUUGGCCUUUUGGCGGCUAAGGGAAGGCCGGAUCGGUGGUGUAACUGGUGUUGCACGUCGGAGAAUGAUGGAUGGAUUAGCGUGAGAAAAAAUUGUAAUAGUGAGUUUUGUGAAUGCGCAGUUUUGAAGGAAUGCAAAUGUUGGGGUUCUUAUUGA